CGAGCAUGACGUCACUUCCUGGAUGUAGGGGGAGACCGAAUGACAGCUGGUUUGUUUUCAUCAACAAGGGGAGUCUAGUGUGAAGGUAAAGGUCCCCCCUUCCCGAAACAGCAGCUGACAGCGCGCGCUGACUGCAGCCACAUCAAAGCAGACGUCUCCUCAGCAGAAGAGGAGGCCGGUCAGCAGGAAGGCGCCAUGGAGCCCCCAGAGGACAGAGACGGCCGUUCCUUUGUGGAGGUGCUCAAUGAGAAAUACAGCCCAGAAAACUUCCCGUACCGCAGAGGGCCUGGGAUGGGGGUGGUGGUGGUUCCCACUGUGGGCCUUCAGGGUUCCCCGAUGAAAGACCGUCUGAACUUGCCCAGCGUGCUGGUGCUGAACGGCUGUGGGAUCAGCAAUGCAGGAGACCCGGCGGAGAUCGCUGCCUUUUGUGCUCACGUCUCGGAGUUGGACAUAUCGCACAACAAUCUGCAAGACUGGCAUGAGAUCAGUAAAAUUGCAUCAAGCAUCCCCAAUCUGGAGUUCCUCAACCUGAGCUACAACCCACUGGCUGGAACGUCUCUUGAUCCGCAGUGUGCUGAGGCCUUUUUACGGGUGCGACGCCUCGUUCUCAACAACACUCAGAUAUCCUGGGAUACUGUGAUGCUGCUGACCCAGAACAUGCCUGAGCUGGAGGAGCUGUUUCUGGGCCUUAAUGAGUACAGCAGUGUGAGUGCCUCCAGCAUGGCCUGCCCCACCCUGCGCCUGCUUCACAUCACCGACAACAGCCUGCACGACUGGGCCGAAGUGUGCAAGUUUGGCUCCAUGUUCCCCAGCCUGGACACUCUGAUCAUGGCCAACAACAACUUGGCCUCCAUUCAGGACAACAAGGACAUCCUAGCACGGCUGUUCCCCAACCUGCGCAGCAUCAACCUAAACAACUCAGGUCUCAACCGAUGGGAAGACAUCGAGAAGCUGAACUUCUUCCCAAAGUUAGAGGAGGUGCGACUGCAGGGCAUUCCCUUGCUGCAGGCUUACACUAACGCAGAGCGCCGCAACCUCAUGAUAGCACAGCUUCCCUCAGUGUCCCAUCUAAACGGCAGCGUUGUGACCGGCAGUGAGCGAGAGGAUGCAGAGAGGUUCUUCAUUCGUCACUACCUGGACUGUCCCGAGAAGGAGCUACCUUACAGAUACCAUUCUCUGGUAACCAAGUACGGCAAGCUGGAGCCUCUGGCUGAGAUCGAUCUCAAACCUCGCUGCCGGGCUAGAGUCGAAGUUCACUGUGAGGAGAAGGUAGAGCAGCUGAACAUCCGUUUGGACCAAACUGUUGCUGAGCUGAAGAAGCAGCUGACGGCUGUGGUCCAGCUCUCCACAAACAGCAUGAGGCUUUACUACAUCGACAAGGACAGCGCCUUCGGUCCAGAGGAAUUGAAGUACAACGCCCGAGCCCUUCACUCCUACAGCAUCCAGGAUGGUGAUGAACUACUGGUAGUGCCCAAGACCAAGUAGAAGCCUUUUGUUCAGCAGCAUGAUAAGGAGUUGAUUGUCUGGGAUUAUGUUGAUUGCUCUAUUGAUAUUGUUUGGAAACACUUCUGAAACAGCAAAGGUGGCCUGCCUUUUGGAAUGGAGCAAGGCAGGAAAAGGAAGAGCGCCAUCUUGGAGACUAGAAAAUGAACUACAGUGGGCCGCUGGCUGGCUCUUGCUGAAAAUCCAGAAAUAAUACAUUUCAGCUUUAUUUAAAGGGACACUCAGUCAAGUGUCAGUCAAGUAUUCUCUUAGGGUUCAGCCUGUAGUGUUAGCAGACGGGAGGGCACUGCAGGAAAGCUCUGCCGCUUAUUUACUACACGGCAUCCACCAAAGCUACUUCACUGGCAAAUACCUAGCACUGCUUGCUUGCCCACCUGAUCAACAGCUACCCUGAUUUACGUACAACAAGAACAACCUGUUGGCACGUGGAGACGGACAGCUGCUCUCAGGUGCACCAUGGCCUUCGACCCUCCAGAAAAACUGGUCAAAACAAAUGUCAGACGUGGGAUGGGUGAUCCAACUGGGUUCAUUUCUGUUGGAGGAUGUUCUAGUCAUGUUUUGUUUUUACGUCUUCUGCCUGGCAGUGUAGCACUAAGAAUGGCUUUCUUAGUGCCAAAGAGAGCCCAACAGAUUUACUUUCACAAGUGGAGCAUUAGUGCUUUCACUAUAGUGCUCCGUUUGAUAUGUAUGCAAAAACCUUUAAUGGAUAUUAUGUUGAGAUUAUUUUAGAUUCAGCGGACACAGAAACGGAAAGGUAAAAGAGAAAGAAAGGGAAGAGGGGAAAAAGAUUAGGCAAAACGUUAGAGAGAAAGGGUGACGAAAAUAGAGCAGAGGAAAAACAGUGCGGGAUAACAUCCUCGGAGUCUGCUUCUACACCUGCAGAAAGAGAUAUAGAACAACAUAAAAAUUAUCUUUGAUGACAUCGCUGAAAAAUAUGCAUCAUUAUUUAAUACAAGAUGUAUUUAGUGGCAGCCAAAGCGAACUUUAAGGUUUAUCUGUAUAGAGGUGUAUCUUUAAGUAUCUGGAUCCAU